GCGUGAAGUGAGGGACAGACUGAGUAAACUAGUUGCUGCCUCGUCACUGUCUCGUUACUUUCUGCUCACGGCAUAACGAAGACCGAGGGAAGUUCACCUGGAGUUAGCAGAGCGCUCUGUUCGUCUUCCCACUAUGGGAACAUCGGCUGAUUACCUGGAUGACAGAGCUAAGAGGGCUAAGACGACUAAGAGGACCAAGAGGACUAAGGCCUUUGUUCUAAGAGGACUGUGGCGUUUUGGAAGAUGUUCUCGUGUCUCCGAGCAAGCUGAUGGCGUGGCCUUCUGCGUCGCCGUCUUGUUAAUUUGCUCUCUGUGUUUUGUAGUGUGCCAAGGUGACACGGGUCCGGAUGAUGUUGUUACCAUGGCAACAUUUCAGCGUAGUGGAGCAGCCUCGAAAGACACUUACCUAAAGUACCUUAGCGAAAUACCAGACCUCGUCCAGCUAACCUUCUGCUUUCGCUUGUAUCUCUUUCAAGCUCGAGACGAAAUAAUGGUACUGUCGUAUGCCCAUCCUGAAAACGAUAAUGAAUUAUACUUCGGGUUUCAUUACAAAAAUAGUAAACUGAUGAUGACCUGUUGUGACCCCAAGUGGGCGCGGGACGUAAAGUUGAAAGUGGAACUGCGCGUCUGGUCGUCUAUUUGCGUGUCUCUAGACUUCGCUAAUGGGAAGAAUGUGGUCGUACAGGAUGGAAAAGUCAUGCCUGAUAUCAUAGACGAGUCUCUCGGAAAUCCAUUUAUACGUGGAGGAGGUAUGCUGUACAUUGGUCAGGAACAGGACCGCCCUGGGGAAGGCUUCGAUAAGACCCAAAGCUUGGCCGGAUCCCUGGUGGACUACCGCCUUUAUGAGAAGAUCUUCUCAAUAAGAGUCUUGAAACAAUACACCAACUGUGAGCCUAUGCAAGUCUCUGUCACUCCGUUUAUCGAUUUUAGUAAUAUCACCAGUGACUUCGAUGUUAGUGACGUGGAAAUCGAAAACGUGGUUGGCAGUCACUUCUGCAGUGAACGGAAACCCUAUGACAUCUUGUUCCCGGAGGUGCGAACUUUUGACGAAGCUUCGCAUCACUGCCACAUUCUCGCAGCAAAUCUUAAAGCACCGAAGAAUAGCGACGAUAAUACAGAGCUUAACAACCUCUCUCUUAUGCAUGUCGACACCUGCGGCAGCGUAUGGCUGGGUGUUCAGCGUAACGUGACGGGGAGGUACUGGUACGACACGGCGAUGCAGACAAAAAUCACCUACGCUAACUUCGGGUACAAAGCAGCCUUCGAUGACUCUGAGGCCUGUGCGUCAUUCAAGCGAAGUCAAGACACCGUUUCUUCGGGCGAGUGGGCUCCUAGGAACUGCGAGAUGAAAUUCUGCGCCGUCUGUCGUUUCAAACAGAUGUCGUUCUUAAAGCUGCGAGGUUUAUGCGAGAGGUCACUGUUCGAUCGCGAAUAUUUCCUCCCCAAUACCAAAGACUCACCCAUGUUCAACGGGGCGUACUACUCCGUCAUAACCAAACACACUCCCCCUGAAAAUGCCUCGGCGUCCGACUUUGGCUUCUGGCAGCUGUCGCGCCUCGACGACCCCAGCGUGAGGGCAGCGUUGGCCCUAAAGUUUCCCACCCACUACCCGGUGGGCCUCAACAACUGGACAGUCAACAACGACGUCUGUGGCGGCCGGGAAGUGCCGCUGAGGAUGACCUCGUGCAGGGAGCGCCAGUUCUCUUGCGACGAUGGGACCUGCAUUCCCAUCCACCAACGAUGCAACAAGGAAAUCAACUGCCUCGACGAAUCAGAUGAGGUUUCUUGCAACUUCUUGGUCUUUCCUUCGAGGUACGACGACAAGUCUCCGCCGCCGCGCCUGCACCCAUCUAGCCCGGUCAACGUGUCCGUGUAUGUCCUGAUGCUGUCGAUGCGCGCCUUCGAUCUCACGGGUUUCAACUUUGUGUGCGAAAUCGAAGUGCGCUUCUCGUGGAAGGACUCUCGGCUGACGCUGCUGCACCUGAAGAAGGACAGCUUCUUGAACAUCAUUCACCUGACGGAGCGCAUGCCUUGGAAGCCCGACGUGGAGUUCUUCGGCGAUGCCCUGACUACGAGCGACGUGAACGAGCGAUACAGCUUCCUCAUGGCCCAGAGGAAGAAGAAUCCACUGCCUGACAACAGUGCAACACUAUGGGAAGAUGAGACCUUCGAGGGCCGUGACAAUCCGCUGGUGAUGGUGCAGAAACUCACAGUCACGACCUCAUGCCAGUUCGACCUCAUAACGUUCCCCUUCGACACACAGACAUGCAAGCUGGGCUUGGUGCUACGAGGACUGACGAAGGACUACAUCGCUCUCGUGCCCGAAGGACCAGGCAUCAAGUACAUCGGCAAGAGGAAACUUUUGGAGUAUUACUUGAAGGGGGAAUUCAUGGCACCUGAAGACGUGGUGAGUGGAGGGGAAACUACAGUGGUCAAGUGA